CGAUGACGACCCCCUCGGUGAUGAGACGCAUCAGCUGUGGCGUCGCUGUUUGCGUUUCUCAGCAUCAGCACCACACCCUCCGAGUGCAGCAGCGGCAGCAGCAGCAGCAUGAUGCGCCUCGCCCUGCUAGUUGGGGCUCUCACGGCAGUCUGCCAUGGCAUCCUCCCUGAGAUAGUCGACUCAGGCUUCCCUCACAUCCUUGAGGAUAAUUCCGUCUGGGGACAAACGGAGCUGGACCGCAUCGCACAAGUGGAGCAACUGCCCGGAGAUCCGCAGCAAAAGCUCGAGGAUGCGUUGCACCAAAGGAACAACGACAGCGGCAGUCUCAGCCCUCAUCCCAAUGACCUUCCUCCGAGUCCACACAAUGACAGCGCUUCCGAUAAAGUUAUUGAUAGUGAAUAUGUCCAUUCCUCCGUAGAGCCGGAGACCAACAACACAUCUGUCCACUCUGGUGACCUUGGGAACGAAAUCGAUUACAAAUGCCUCAGUGAUGGGGACUGUGUGAAGGGAACUUAUUGCCUCAAUAACACGCACAAGUCCAAGUGUGUCCCUUGUAAAGCAAUCGACAUGUCCUGCACUAAGGACAAUGAGUGCUGCGGUGAACAGCUGUGCGUGUGGGGUCAGUGCAGUCUAAAUGCAACCAAAGGAGCGGCUGGCAGCACUUGUCAAUACCAGGCGGAUUGCAGCCCGGACCUUUGCUGUCUCUUCCAUAAAGCCCUGUUCUUCCCCGUGUGCUCGGCCAAACCCAUCGAGCGCGAGCGCUGCUUUGGGGCCUCCAACCACCUGCUGGAGCUGCUGUCCUGGGACACUCAGGACGAGGGACCCAGCAAACAUUGCCCCUGCGCAGGAGAUCUCCACUGUCAGCACCUCGGUCGAGGGUCCAUGUGCCUUAAAGGAGAGGACUCGAGUGAAGAGGACCAGAUGGACAGCCUGUACUCCGAGAUAGACUACAUCAUAUAGACGCAGACGGAUUUCGUGUGCACGGACUCCACUUCUAUAGCGCUUUCUGCUUGCCAGUGUAAUUCAAAGAGGUAAAGUUACACCGCAUGGAAAAAUAAGGAGAAUAGAUUCAUUUUGUCCGCUAUAUCGAGACCUGACGGGAAACACUAUAUUUACAAAGGCCUGUUAUCAUAGUAAAUAACACUGUACUACAUGCUGCAGCUCUAACCCUUUGUUUAUCCCAGCCGCACAACCCACCCUAACACACUGAAUCGCUCGUUGACUACACGCGGUUUAAACUUGUUGCGGCCCGUGUCACAUUGGUCAUCAGCUGAAGACAACUAUGUAGCAGCGCUGCGUCAUCCUGAUAAAGUGAAGCCAGAAUAGAACCAGGGGAACACCCAGUUUGCAGUCCCACUGCAGUACUUUAUGCACAAGGAAGAAAAAAAGAAACCUGAUGCCAGACUCAUUGAUCAUGCUGAAUUCACUGCAUGUUCAAUGAAACACUAUCCCAGAGGCGGGCAACCAUGGAUUAUUCUUUACCUUUCCACCCUCCCCAACAUUACACCUGUAUUCAUCCACAGGAAACCCUACCAUGACAAAGAAUUAUGUUAACAUAUACAUAGCUGCUACUAUCUAAACUCUUAAAUGUCUGAUAAAAGCUCAACAUUUAUUUGAAGAGUAAAUCUUACUGUAGAUGCUUUGAUAUCCUAAAGUUGUGAGUAUCAAAGCUUUUCCUUGUUCUUCUCCCAAAAAUGUUUUGGUGCAAUCCUUUCUUGAUCCCAGCCGUAUAAGCUCCGCUGCUGCUUCCUUUCACAGAAUAUGGACGUUUUUGCCAAGACCUCAAUGUUUUUAUGCCUCAAAGAUGAAAGGUUGUUUGCACAAGAAGAUGAAACGCUGUCCAACAUCACUUAUUCCACUAAAAUGAUUUCAAUUCAUAUUAUUCUGUUGAUUAUACAAACAUGUUGAACAAAGUCCAAAUCAGUAACUAUAAAGGAUGUAGCUUUAUAGCAUUUAUACAAGCAUUUGUAGUUCUAGUGAUAUUAACAUUGUCUUUGUGUACUCUGUGACUCAUAAUUUAAAAAUGGCCACAUGAAGGUGUGAUGUGAAUAUAAGCAGUAAUAGAUGUAUGUGUGAAUAUAGCUUGUGAUGGUGUUUGAUACAUAAAGCUGUUAAUUAAACCUCUGCUUGUGCAACUCCCACGAU